AUGGGCUGUGCUAUCCUCACUCUCUCUCACUCACAUCUCUCAGUUCUUGGUUGUUUGGGUCUUCUCACCUCUCACCUCCUAUCAGUUACAGUUUGCCUCGACUACCAAAAGAUUGCUAGUCUCGACGAGCCUGCCUUCCGCCGGCUCACCUGUUCACAUCGUAUUUCUUCUAGUUCUGCUCUACGGGAUCUGAGGACUGGCCUCCAGGACAAUCAGACAAUCAGUCUGAAAGCGCCGCCAACCAUUUUCAGGCAAGACGAAUGGCGACCUCGCACAUACAGCAUUACUAAGGAUUCACUCUGGUUCCCCGAUGAUGCGAAGAGCAAGCUGAAGUACUACAGAUCUAUACCCGAUGCACAGAUUCCCACACAGCAAGCAAAUACCAUCGAGGAGAUCGAGCUGAGUGCAUUCGCUUCAGAUGCUUGGUGUGAUGCUAUGCUGCAUGAGAUGGAGAAGCUGUCUGUUGCUCAGUUUGCACAUGGUGAUGAGAAGGAGGCACAAGCACAUUUGCAUGGUAGAUCACAGCUUAUGACUCACUGGAGGAGGAGAGACAGAUAUCACCAUUCAUGCCUGAUCCUUUGGCCUCAGUCAAAGAAAGCGAAUGUGGAUGCAUCACAUGAACUUGAGGAGGUGCUGCUUGAGGACAACCUGCUCAAGGCAUGGCAAUGGAAGGUGCAAGAGAUCAACAACCUGAGCGCGGAGAUGCAACAGAUGGAGGAAGAGUUCACAUCAUACGACUACUGGAAGAUGCAACGGUGGUCAUACUACCUUCAGAAUCAAAUCUUCUCAACUGUCACUGUGACAUCGUCUCAUGAAGCACUAUCCCCCAUCAUCCGCAUGAAAUGUUUCGAUGUGCAUUAUGCUCCACAAGCUCCGGCGGCUGCAGGCUUGUCAGCAGACAUUCAUGCAAAGGUGGCAGCGGAGUUGGCAGCACAUGCUGGUGAAACAGAUAGUGACAUUUUGGGCACUGGCAAUCGGUGGACCAUCAUGUUAAUGAUACAGUGUUCUGUCAAAACAAUGCAUUUUCGUUGA